GAAGUACUUAUGAUUGUAGAAAAUUGGAAAAGAUAAUUAAACGCUGUCCAAAAUUUCUUUCAUCUGCAUCUCCCUUCCGAUGGCUGCUCCACAGCUUGAUUCUAGCGUGUCUUAGUCCAACGGUCGGUAUUCCGCGUCCAGGAAGUUGGAGGUCAACUAUUUUACUCCCGCGCAACGCGUCUCCCGCAACGAAAGUUCGCCUGUUCAACCUCCCUCACUCUGCACUGAAGAUGCGCGAUAGUCCCGCCAUCUUAUCACGAUGAACGACGCGACAAAUUCUUUGCUCGCUGAGCACUUCAGCUAUACACCUUUGUCUCUCAUAGAUGACGUUAUCAACUCCAUCAACAAUUUGAUAUAUCAGGCCAUCUCAAGUCUCGAAUCUGGCCUGCUCUCGACCCCUCCAGAACGAUUGGGCUUUUCUCAUGCGAACAACGGUUCCACCAUCCCCGACACCGACGAGGAUGGCACCGUUGUUUAUCCCGAGGCGCGACUGGAGAUUGAAAAUGGAUUGCAUCAACUAGAGACCCUUCUCGAGGCUACCGUCGACAAGGCAUUCGAUAAAUUUGAGAUUAUCGUGCUGCGAAACACAUUCAGGGUUGAGGAUGACCUUCUGGGGUGGAUUCGGUUGAAUCAUUAUCAGAAUCUUGACCUCAACCCCCCUCCAAACACGCCAACUCCCGAGACAAUCCAGGCUCAGCGCAAAAAGCUCCAGGAGACUAAGAAACUUAACCGGUCAAUGAAAGAAGAGUGCGCCCGAAAUGAUGCGAUUAUCUCUCAGCUACGGUCUAUUUUGUCGACUGUGGGCUUGACCCAGGCGGCAAGUUCGACAAAGGUGGAGGGCGAGCCAGAAAUGCCUGCGCCGUCUAGCAGCAAAGACUUGGAUCUGUCGUUCUUGACAGCUAGCCCCGCUGCUCAGCAACUGCGGGUCGGUGUGGCAGGUUCUAACACCCAACAUACGCCCCUCACGACGAAUACGACUUUCAUCGUUUCUCAACUCCCUGCGCUCAAGACGAUGCUUGCACAGCUCCGGCCCAAGUUGGCCGCGCUGCCGAAAUCGGUGGAUCUUGCGAAGGAGUCUAAGGCUGAUGAGAGAAGGGAAUACAUUGAAAGCCGGAUUAGACUGCACCUGGAGCGAGCCGGGCAGCUUGCCGUGGGCAGUGACGGCAACCCGGUGAUCGCAGGACGAAAGAUGAGCAUUACAGAAGCACAGGCACUUGAGGCCGUGACAGGCUUGCUAAGCCAGGGCGACAAAAAGUCCGACUAACAGUCGUUGCCGCCGUGCCAAUCACUGGAGGAUGGCCAAACAUCGUCAACUUUUCUUAUUCCAUCUGAAGCGACAGUGAUUGACAUAAAUGUCACUAGGAAACUAUGUGGACCAGGUUACGCUCCACGUCUGCUGGUUCCUUCUGAACGGAACCACGUCCACCUUUCCUGACUGGAGGAUAUCUGCAAUCUUCUCUUCUUUCUUCUCGAGGACCAGGAAUUCCUUCUGCUCCUCUCCAAGGCCGUAAAAGUUACGGCCGAAUUUACUCAUGAAACCCUCAACGAUUUCGGGGGUAAUGUCCUCAUCUUUCAGAACGCCAUUCUGAACGGCCUGUUCGAAGGCGUCGAUGACGAGCUGGGUGGUGUAUGGCUGGGUGAAAACACCGGCGGCAAUCUUGUCUCCUCCUCGCUUGGAGGCUGCGGGGUGCGGCGCACUGUCGGAGCCAAAGAAGAAUUUGGGGUUGCCAGAUGCCGCAGCUCGCAGAAGGGCAUCGCGAUCGGCAGGCGUUUUGGCGACAGGCUUGCAGAAGCAGAAGGGGUCUCCCGCCCAGUGGUCGACAACGAUAGCCAAGUGAUGGGCAGUGAGUGUGGCAGCCACCGAGGGUCCGCACUUCUUAACAGCCUCUACUGCAGCCGCGGUCGUGCAAUGUUCUAGGAUGAUCCGGAGCUUGGGGAAGCGCUCGUGUAGCUGCAACAACGUGGGAAGGAAACGCUCUUCUGCCGAAAGGACGGUCACGUCGCCCGUCGAAGGGACUUCACCGUGGAGGUUCAAGACCAUGUCCUGACGUUCCAUCUCUUCGAACACGGGAUAGAACUGGGUAUAGUCCACUACGCCAGAGGAGGAGUUGGUCGUCACGCCUGCCGGGUAGCUCUUGACACCGGUGACGCCUCUUUUCUUGGCUUCGACGAUGGUUUCAGGAGUCACCGUCUCGUGGAGGUACAAGGACAUGAGAUAAUUUACGUUAGGCUCAAUGGCCUGCAGGCGCUUUUUGUAGUCGAGAGCACGGUCGACGGUAGUGACGGGUGGCACAAGAUUUGGCUAGAGAGACCAUGUUAUCUUAACAAGACCUUCAGAGUAGCAAUUUAUCGGACCGCUCCUUAGAAGCGAGCCCUUACCAUGAC